GCCGUCAGAGAUCAAAGCUUAAAGGCUUGGCAUGAUCCAGAAAAACACUCAAUGGUGCAUCUUAUCUUUUCUCCAUUUGACUUUGCUUUGAAGCAAUUCAAUGGCGUGCCCAAAUUGAGACUACAAAUACAUGCAUCCUAUCCUCCAUCCUGCAACAAACCAACCGCCAACACUUCCAUUCCAGGCAUCAACCAUGGCUUCUCCUCGGCAUCUGAUGAAGCUUUCGGCUGCUCUUCUCCUCCUCUGUGUUGGCGUGUGUGUGGCUCGCAACAGUGACUUCUCCAUUGUCGGCUACUCGGAGGAGGACCUGUCGUCCAACGACAGACUCGUCGAGCUGUUUGAGAAGUGGCUGGCCAAGCACCAGAAGGCGUACGCGAGCUUCGAGGAGAAGCUGCACAAGUUCGAGGUGUUCAAGGACAACCUGAAGCACAUCGACAAGAUCAACCGGGAAGUGACCAGCUACUGGCUCGGCCUCAACGAGUUUGCCGACCUCACCAACGUCGAGUUCAAGGCCGCCUACCUCGGCCUCAAUGCUGCUCCGGCUCGUCGGGGCAGCAGCCGAAGCUUCAGGUACGAGGACGUGAGUGCCAGCGACCUGCCCAAGUCUGUGGACUGGAGGAAGAAGGGCGCGGUGACAGAGGUGAAGAACCAGGGGCAGUGCGGCAGCUGCUGGGCCUUCUCGACGGUGGCGGCAGUGGAAGGGAUCAACGCCAUCGUGACAGGCAACCUGACUGCGCUGUCGGAGCAGGAGCUCAUCGACUGCAGCGUCGAUGGCAACAGUGGCUGCAAUGGCGGCUUGAUGGACUACGCCUUCUCCUACAUCGCGUCCAGUGGCGGGCUACACACCGAGGAGGCGUACCCCUACCUCAUGGAGGAAGGCAGCUGCGGCGACGGUAAGAAGGCCGAGUCCAAGGCGGUGACGAUCAGCGGCUUCGAGGACGUGCCGGCCAAUGACGAGCAGGCGCUGAUCAAGGCUCUCGCCCACCAGCCCGUCUCCGUCGCCAUCGAGGCCUCCGGCAGGCACUUCCAGUUCUACAGCGGGGGAGUUUUCGACGGUCCUUGCGGCGCGCAGCUAGAUCACGGCGUGGCGGCGGUCGGGUACGGGUCGGACAAGGGGAAGGGCCACGACUACAUCAUCGUGAGGAACUCGUGGGGUGCGGACUGGGGCGAGAAGGGUUACAUCAGGAUGAAGAGGGGCACCAGCAACGGCGAGGGCCUCUGCGGCAUCAACAAGAUGGCCUCCUACCCAACCAAGGACAAGUGAUGUUCCAGCCUCAAAUCCUGCAUCCAGAGGAUUGAAGAUUUGAACCAUCCUUGAGAGUCCUUGUUCCCGAUCUUUGCAUUUCCCUGCUUUUUCUUUCACGUUUUUCCUUUUCUCAAUGGUUCCUUUCGGUUAAUGCGACGAACAUGGACUGAAAUAAUAAAAUUUAUUUCCAAGUUUC